GAGUGAGCGACAACUUGUUCUUGCGCUCGAUCGUGUCGUGAGUGACAGCUUAAUCUUCGUGCUUGUGUUUGAGACGACGGUCGACGGAGAUGAUGAUGGCCGGACGGCACGGCGGCGGGUCAGGGAGGUGCCUGUUCACGGCGACGCAGUGGCAGGAGCUGGAGCACCAGGCGCUCAUCUACAAGUACAUGGCCGCCGGCGCGCCGGUGCCACCCGACCUCCUCCUCCACCUCCGCCACCACCGCGACGUCGACACCGCCCCAUCCCUCGCCUUCCCGCCCCACCACCCCUCCCUGGGGUGGGGAUGCUACGGGGCGGCGGCGGCGCAGUACGGGCGGCGGGUGGAGGACCCGGAGCCGGGGCGGUGCCGGCGGACGGACGGCAAGAAGUGGCGGUGCUCCAGGGAGGCGUACGGCGACUCCAAGUACUGCGAGAAGCACAUGCACCGCGGCAAGAACCGUUCAAGAAAGCCUGUGGAAAUGGCGCCCUCCGCCGCCGCCGCCGCGGGCGUCUACCGCCCGUCCGCGCUCUCCAUCUCGCCGCCGGCGCCCGACGCGCCAAGCUACGGCGGCGGCUGCGGCGGCGGCCACUACCAUCUCCGUCUUCCCGACGCCGCCUCCGCUCGCGCGCCGGCCGAUCACGCCGGCGCUCCCCUCCAGCUCCACCUCGACUCCUUCCACGCGUCCACGUCGCCGCCGCCGUCCUACCACAGGUACCAGCACAGCACCCCUCUCUUCCCGACGUCCGUCUACGGCGGCAGCGGCGGCGGCAAAUGGUCGCCGUCCAAGGAGCACUGCCUCACCCUCGGCGGUGCCGCCGACCACGAAGCAACGUCGGCGACCACCACGACGGAGAAACCCCUGCGUCGAUUCUUCGACGACGGGAGGCCGCCGUGGGACGGGACGCAGCUCUCCAUCUCCAUCCCCACCGCCGCCGCCGCCCGCUACAGCAACGGUACGUGA